AUGCCACCUGAGCACGGUUACAUAAUUGUGCUUGGUGGGCUCGGUGUUGGACCAAUUUUUUUCAAAAGUAGAGCACAGCAAUACGUGUUCCACGGCGAUGCAGAUCGUGUCAGCAAAUUUCAAGAAUUUCAUUUCCAGCGUGUCAAGGUACCUCCCUCUUAAAAAUGUAACAUCAAGUAUCGAUGGUGUAGCCUGUGAUCAGUGUUGGAAUAAGUCUCGAGUGUCAGUGCUGGAGGGGUUGCCCGCUUAUUGGGAGGAUCUAGCCGUGCAGCAUAGUAUAAAUGCAGCUGCAACGGCCAGCAUUUUUAUGAAUUACGAUCUGGAUAAGCCCAGGAUGGUCUCACACGUCAUUCCCGUUGCUGGGGAACUACAGCAAGGCAAUGGGAGUUUGGGAGUUGCAGGACUGGGAGGGAUGCAAGAGCCGUCCCACUCGUUGAAGAUCAAGCAGGAACCGUUCCAGGUGUCCCCGUCGUCGCCCCUUCCGCCUCUGCAUCAAGUGAGCAGCUUCGUGUCAGAGAUGCAGAAUGGCUGCGUCGGUGUGUCAAAGGAGCUGGACUCGUCGAUGAGUCUUGCAAGAGGGCUGACAUCACAUCACGCCUCCCUCGCUCAUCAUCAUUCUCACCAUAAUCUACACAGUCCGAGUUCUGCGGUGUCUAUGCAUUCUACUGGUUCCGCUCAUCACCACCUCGAUGAAAAAGGAUCAUCCCCGACCGGAGCUCUUCACAGUACCACCAACAGCAAUCCCUCGACACCGUCGACACCCUCAACGCCAACCACAGUAGCAGAUGGUUCCUCCGCGGCUACUGGAACCGGAAAUGGGAAUGGUAGCAAUGAUUCCGCCAGCAAGAAGCCUCCGUACAGUUACGUCGCCUUGAUUGCUAUGGCGAUUCAACACAGCGCUCAGAAGAGGGCAACCUUAAGCGAGAUUUAUGCUUACAUCACCACCAGGUUUCCAUAUUUCCAGAAGAACAAGAAGGGUUGGCAGAAUUCUAUCAGGCAUAAUCUGUCCUUGAACGAGUGUUUCGUGAAGGUGCCUCGUGACGGAGGCGGUGAGAGAAAAGGAAAUUUCUGGACACUUGAUCCACAGUACGCGGAUAUGUUUGAAAAUGGUAACUACAGAAGGCGUAGACGCAUGAAACGGCCAUACAGAAAUGCACCGUAUCAUAAGCCAUUAUUUGGUGAUCCUUUCUCUCCAACACACGUCCAUUUAGGUCCUAGAAACUUGUUUGGUCAUUCUCCGCCAUCUUAUGCUCCAUCUACGUAUACCAGAUACGACACUAGGUGGGACCACAAGUUCCCCAGGUUCUAUGGGCAGUGGUACCUUUGGCAGUAGCUUCGCCAGGAGGCAUGACGCCGCCAUGACUCAAGAAACCGUGCCUACCAGGUGCUACUGGCCUGAAAUGGUAAAUGUGAAGGAAGAACCGGGAACCGUGGCAGUAUCUAGCACCAGCGUUGGUGGCAUGGGUGUUCCUUCAGGAAUGAUGGGAUCUACAACUCCAACAGCAGUUUCUACGACUGGAUUCGCGCCAAUGGAGUUUCAGUCUCGGUCCAAGUGCUUCAUUGUGUUUCCCUUUACUGGAAAUCCUUGUGGGAUCCAUGGUGACGAAUCAGAGUUGAUCAGAGUAGUAGUGAUAAUUCUGAGCCAAACAAGUGUGAAAAGUCUUCAAUUCGAAACGAUGAACGUUGCACCCCUGUCCUCGUAUGUUUUCGACUGCUGCACAGUAUUCGAUAUUUAAGCGAGACGCCUCGUGAAUUGGUUUCUACAAAAGAUGGAAACGAAUUUGCGAGGGUCACUGAUCCAGGGUCAAUGAUUAACGCGUAGUUUAAGGCGCAUCCGUGAUACAAGAAGGCACUCGAGGAUGUUUUGUUUUAUAUACAUAUAUGAGUAACUAGGUCCAUGUAGAAGCAAAAGAUAAAUGUAUAUCUAAACAUGUAGGUCGCAUAACGUAAUAGAAAAUGAAGGAAAAAAAAGCAGUUUCUCUGAAAGACUAUUCGUCGGUGUACAUAUCUAAGCGUACUAAGUAGUUUGAUUAACUAACUGUGAAUUAUUCCAAGAAUUCUGGACACACGUGGCAGCUCCUGUAAUUAGAUGGAAAGUCAAAAAUAAAUCACUAUUAUUUAUCGUCUAGUACCGUCAAUAAUCGUCAUUUACCUUUCACUAUAAUACUCUAUUCUAAAUCAAAUAUAACUCCAAUUUUAUAACUUUUAAUCCUGUAAUAUUCAAUAAUACAAUUAUAUGAAAAAAAAUUUUCUUAUUAUAAAAUUACUUAUUAUAAUUAUAAAAAGUAUCUUCUAUAUAUGAUCUAAUCCUACAAGUCACGGAUCGUGUUUUUCAAUUCAUAGUACAUAAUUCUAUGAAAAGAAAAGGCUAAGAAAUGUAUCAUCCAUCUCUAUAUGAUGGUUCUAUUUCUAUUCGAUAUUCAGAACAAAAGUAUAUUCGCUUCCUGUGAUUCAGUACGAGCCUGUGGGCUCAGAAUAUCCCUAGCAAAAUGAGAAAAAGAGCGGAAGAGGGAAAAGUAGCCAAUGGCUAG